AAGGCAUGUUCGAGCUGAGGUCGACUGCGCAAAGCGAGUACCGGAAGCUCUUUAUAAUAGUCACUCCCAAUCCGUUGCAACCGCAAUCACCGCUCGCUCAUUCUCCCUUCCUUUCAUACCACCACCAUGUCCAACAAAGACUAUUACGGAGGUGGUCAACCACAGUACUAUCCCCCACAGGGUCCACCUCAAGGACAAGGCGGUUAUUAUCCCCAGGAACCACAACAGGCUUACCAGGGUCCCCCUCAAGGCUAUGGACAGCCUUAUGGUGGACCGCCCUACGGUGGCCAGUACCAACCUCAACCACCACCCCAAACAGUCUAUGUUCAACAGCAGGACAAGGGUGGAGGAGGAGGGGGAUGCCUGGCCUGUCUGGCUGGUGCCUGUUUAUGUUGUUGCGCUGAGGGUAUGCUUUGCCCCCGUUUUCGUGGAAUUCUGAUUAACUCGACCUUGCAGAAAUCUGCUGCGAUUGUCUCUUCUGAACUGGCUUCACCUUGUAUGCACUCCUACUUUCUCUCGUUUUGACUGCUUCGUUCUCUCCAUGCUAUUCACGGACCAUACCACAAUCCUCAAUGGGUUUCCUUGACACUGUAACGUACAUCAUAAUGCCCAUCUGGAUAUCCGAUAUCGUAUUGUAAUUCACGUUUGGUCCUAUACUCAAUUUA